AUGCGUUUGAAUUAUUUGAAGUUUAACCAAAAGCAGCUGCGCUCUGAACUAUACAGUGGAUUGCAGGAUGCAGUACAUGCACAAGAUAGUAUGCUUGAAUCAUCAAACAUAGGACAGCAGAUAAUUUUGCCAUCAAGCUUUACAGGAGGACCUCGCCAAAUGCAUCAACUUUAUCAAGAUGGAAUGGCUAUUGUGCGAGUGUUUGGCAAACCUGAUCUUUUUAUUACAAUGACCUGCAAUCCACAAUGGCCUGAAAUUACUAAUGAGCUUCUUCCAGGUCAAAUGGCACAAGACAGACCUGAUUUAAUUGCCCGUGUAUUUAAUAUGAAGUUAAAAGUGAUGCUUGGAGAUAUUUUAAAAGAUGAUAUUUUUGGAAAGGUGAUAGCUUACCUUUAUACUAUAGAAUUUCAAAAGCCUGAGAUUCCUGACAGAGAUGGUGAUCCAUAUACAUUUGAUACUGUCAAACGAUCAAUGAUACAUGGUCCUUGUGGUGCUUUUAUGCAAAAUGCCCCAUGUAUGAAAAAUGGAAGGUGUCCAAAGCAUUUUCAGGAAAGUACUGCUGUAAAUAAUGAUGGGUACCCUAUUUACAAGCGAAGAGACAAUGGAAAAACAGUAGAAGUGCGUGGAGCAACAUUAGAUAACAGAUGGGUUGUUCCGUAUAAUCCAUAUCUUUCUACUAGAUAUGAUUGCCAUAUAAAUGUAGAGAUUUGUUCAUCCAUUACUGCAGUAAAGUAUCUCUUUAAGUAUGUCUAUAAAGGACAUGAUCGUGCUACUGUAGAAAUAAGAAGACAAAACCACAAGCAAGAAAGUAAUGAUGAGAUAAGUCUCUACCUUGAUGCUCGAUAUGUUUCAGCAUCAGAAGCUUCAUGGCGAUUAUUUCAUUAUCGAUUGCAUGAUAGAAGUCCAGCUGUUGUACACCUCCAAGUUCAUCUUCCAGGACAGCAUAGAGUUAUAUUUCGGGAUGAUGAAUGUUUAGAAAAUGUAGUUGAACGUGCCAAUUCUGAAAAAACAACACUUACAGCAUGGUUCCAAGCUAACACAUUAUAUCCUGAAGCAAGAGAGCUUACUUAUGGAAAUUUUCCUACUCAGUGGGUUUAUAACAGGCAAACCAAUAAAUGGAGCCCAAGGCAACAUGAAAAUGUAAUUGGGCGUAUGUAUUUUGUUUCUCCAAUGGCAGGCAAGCGAUAUUAUUUAAGAAUUUUACUUAAUGUAGUUUGUGGUGCUACUUCUUUUGAAAAUCUCCACACUGUCAAUGGAGUUUUAUAUAAUACUUUCAAGGAAGCCUGUGCCAUUUUAGGAUUGCUACAGAAUGGUGAAGAAUGGGAUCAAUGUUUAGCAGAAGCUGCUCAGGUACAGACUGGAUCACAACUACGUAAUUUGUUUGCUACACUACUUCUGUUUUGUGAUCCAGUAAGACCUGAGAAUCUUUGGGAGAAGUAUUUUUAUGCUCUUAGUGAUGAUAUGCAAUUUCAAGUUCAUGAUAAUGUUGAAAAUACUGAUAUCCACAACCGAGCUUUAACCCAUUUGCAAUCAAUUUUAAAUAGGCGUGGAAAAUGUCUUAAAGAUUUUCCUGAUAUGCCCAUACCUGAAGUUCUUUCUGAUUGUGAUCAAGACAAUUAUCUAAUUUAUGAAGAACAAAGCUAUAAUAUUGAAGAGCUUACUCAAACAGUUGAAAAUGGAAUUCCUCAAUUAAAUGCAGAUCAGAAAGUUGCAUUUGAAAAAGUUAUAACUGCUGUGGAAAAUCAAACCCCUGCUAUGUUUUUUAUUGAUGGUCCAGGUGGAACAGGAAAAACUUUUUUAUAUAAUGUUCUACUUGCAAAGAUUCGUUUAGAUGGACAUAUUGCUCUGGCAAUAGCUUCUUCAGGUAUUGCUGCACUUCUUUUACCAGGUGGCCGAACUGCCCACUCCCGAUUUAGAAUACCUAUUAAUUUAAAUGAAGAUUCUACCUGUUCCAUCUCUCAUGGCUCUGAUACAGCCUUACUAUUGCAAAGAACAAGUCUUAUUGCUCCAAUGAUGCAUAGAUAUGCAUUUGAAGCUGUAGAUCGCACUUUAAAAGACCUCAUGAAAGCUGUUGAUCCUGAUUUGGAAGGAAAACCAUUUGGAGUUGUAAAAGGUGGCCAAGAAGAGAUUGUAGGAUCCUGUUUGCGUCGGUCCCCUUUGUGGAAACAUGUUGAAGUUAUGAAACUUAAAAUUAAUAUGCGUCUUCGUUGUACUACUUCUGAUCUUAUUGAGCAAGAUGAAUUUGCUAGAUGGCUCCUUAAAGUUGGUGAAGGUCACAUUACUGCUGUUGGACCUGAGAAAAACAUUAUUCAGCUUCCUGAUGACAUUGUUUUAUCAUCUGAAGAAUUAACUGACUUAACUCAGUUUGUAUAUUCUGGAUUUUCAUCACAUACCAAUUCACAAUAUUUAGUUGAGCGUGCAAUUCUUGCCCCUAAGAAUGAUCAGGUUAAUGCUAUUAAUGAUAUAAUUAUGACUCAAUUUCCAGGAGACGCUGUUGAGUAUCUUAGCGCAGAUAUGGUUGAAGAACAGGCUGAGGCAGAACAUUUGUAUCCUGUUGAAUUUCUUAACUCUCUAACUAUUGGAGGCCUUCCACCUCAUAGGCUCAUAUUAAAACCUGGUGCACCAAUUAUUUUAUUACGCAAUAUUUCUCCUUCUGAUGGUCUUUGUAAUGGAACCAGAUUAGUCUGCCGAUCUUUUAAUAGACAUGUUAUUGAAGCUGAAAUUAUUACUGGAAAACAUUCUGGAAAUUGUGUUUUUCUUCCUCGCAUUACAAUGACACCUUCAAAUACAGAUCUACCUUUUAUUUUCAAACGUCGUCAAUUCCCUGUGCAGCCUGCCUUUGCAAUGACUAUCAAUAAGUCUCAAGGACAAACAUUAAAUUUGGUUGGUUUAUAUCUUCCAACACCAGUAUUCUCUCAUGGACAAUUAUAUGUUGCCUGUUCAAGAGUAACAUCACGGAAGAACUUGAAAAUUCUUACCUCUAAAUGCAAUGGAGAAAAUGUGCGUUAUGCUAAUCUUACAUCUAACAUUGUUUACCCUGAAGUGUUACAAUAG